UGACGAAUUUUGACAGUUUAGGAAGAUGGCGUUUGGAAAACUGUUGUUAAUAAUGUUAUGGAACUUUAAGAUUCAAUAAUAAUUAAUAACAAUUAAUGUUAUAUUUAAAAUUUAGACAACGAUAUCCAUUAAGCAAGGGGAAAUGCAGUCCUCAGAUGGUCUUCCUGGGUCAUCAGACCAUCGUUUAGCUUUAGUACAUGAAAUGAGUUCCCAUAACUUUGAUUUAAUCAGAUUUGCUUCAUAUCGUACAGCUGUGAAAUUACGAUUCAUUCAAAAAAAAGUUAGCUUACAUACAGUGGAUAUAUGGAAUGUUAUAGAAGCAUUUAGAGAACAGGGUUUACAUACAAUGGAAUCAUCAAAUGAGCUUAGUGUGGCAAGAUUAGAAACAUUAUUGUGUUCAUUGUAUCAUAGUCUUAAUAAGAGAGCCCCACCUACUCAACAAACACAUGUAGAUGUGUGCUCCAGUUUGCUUUUAAAUUGGCUUUUGGCGGCAUAUGCUACUGUUGAAAAUGUGGGAAAAAUUAGAGUUUUUUCAAUAAAAGUAGCACUGGCAACAUUAUGUGCUGGGAAAUUAAUGGAUAAAUUGCGAUAUAUAUUUUCACAAAUAUCUGAUAGCAAUGGUUUACUUAUUAUGUGGAAAUUUAAUGAAUACUUAGAAGAGGUUUUAGCUCUUCCAGCAGCAGUAUAUGAAUCUCCAACGUUUAGUUAUACAGAUACUUUAGCCUCCUCAAUUUUUAAUACUAACGCCAAAGUUACAGUUAACGAUUUUUUGGACACAAUGAUGUCAGAUGUUGGACCUCCAGCAUUAGUGUGGCUUCCUUUACUUCAUCGAAUUACUUCCGUCGAAAACGUUGUCCAUCCCGUUCAAUGUGAUGCAUGUCAAAGAGAAAACUUUACAGGAUUUAGAUAUCGUUGUCAGAAAUGUCCUCAUUACACUCUCUGCCAGGAAUGUUUUUGGAGAGGUCGGGUGACCUCACCUCACACUUUAGAACAUCAGAUGAAAGAAUAUGUCACUUUUUCUCCCACAAGAACUAUUAGUCAUUCCCUGCGAAAAUCGUUUCGAUGUGUUCCUGAUAAACAAAAAAAUAACUUGCCAAGAUUUCCAGAGCAGCCAGAAAAGACAUUAAACUUGUCUCAUAUAGUACCGCCGUCUCCUAUACCUUCCCACAAUGGAUUUCCUGAUAGCACCUUUAAUACAUUUGAUGGUAUGGGCAGUUUAGAUAGCAGGACUACCGCCAGAAGUUUGGAUAGUAGAAUAUUUAUUAUAAUAAACCGUAGAAGACAGCAGGAGUUAGAGUGUAGUGGCCAUGGCCCUGAAAAUCCUGCUCUCAUGACAGAAUUAAGAGCCUUAAGGAUGAGGAAAGAUGAACUGGAAGCCCACUUGACAACUUUGCAGGAUUCUCGUAGGCAGCUGAUGAUCCAACUGGAGGGACUUAUGAAGAUGUUAAAGAAUCAUCAGUCGUCACCUAGAAGCACACCCAAUUCGUCUCCGCGGAGCACUAAGUCUCCGCCCUUACCUCAGAGUAACAUGAUUGCUACGGCACAACCGGGGGUAAGAAGUGCUCCUCAAACACCAAUGAGUGUGACUCCACCCACCGUUCAGUCCAUGUCUGUGAGUCAAAGUGAGCGAGUUCACGUGGUUCAAACUGUGCCCGUCUUGCCCCCACCCGUGAACAACGUUCCCGUGGAAAAACAAGAACGUAGCGCUCACAACGUUAAUAGCGAUAACGUAGUUGGGGUUGGUGACGUAAGAAACGCAUUUGGUAACUCAAAUAAUGGCACCAAUACGCCUAGUUCUGUUGGAAGAUCUUUACGGAACGAUCUCCUAGUGGCGGCGGAUUCAGUUACCAAUGCAAUGUCUACGUUAGUUAGAGAACUUAAUUCAGAAACUUCACUACAAAUACAUAGUAGUGGUAUUCGAAAACCACUGGAUUUCGAAGACGAUGGAGAAGAAGAAUCGGAGGGUGGUUGGCAGCAGGAACUUCAAAAACGAUAUGCCCAGGAAGCCAAGUUUAUGGAGGAAUUAAGAGCACGAAAUCUAUCUAGUCCAUCCGAAUUAAAUCCUCAACAAUUUCAGAACAUUCAGGCCCAUCAUGUUAUUCAAAAUCAUCAAAAUUUUGGUCAUAUCCAAAAAGUGGAAGAUAAAGAAGAAUCAUCGGAAGGAGUUCCAUUAAACGCUGAAAACAUUCAACAGCAGAAUAUUAGAAAUAUUCCGCAAGAUAGAAAUUUCGAAUGCAUAUGCGAAAUACGACGUAGUACUUUCACGUAG